CUCAAAAAGCCAUUAAAGCUGAGGUGGCAGUUGUCUCGCGCGCGAUUGACCCAAUGCGAAACUACGAGACGAUUCAAGCUGUGAAUUGCACGCGCCUCAUACAUAUUGCUUUUCGACAGAAGAAUACUAUCGCGCCUAACCGCUCACUCUGUAUGUGUAUAUAUACACAAGUGUGUAGUGAUGAGAUAGCUCAUUAAUUCAUUUCAUUUCAUCUAUAAACAUUCAUUCUAAUAUCACCAUCUUCUACUGGUGUUACUUCGUACGGUCGUUUCUGCUACACCAUUAUCAUCUCCGAUAUUGAACCAUUUUCAUCUAGCUAUUAGCUUUGGAUAUCGUCAGAACAGACUACGUACAGAGAUCGAUCGAACGAUAUGGAGAGAUAUUUGAGAACAGAUUGGGGUGUGAAGAACGUAAUUGUCAUGAUGGCUGUAAUCGGAUCGGUUUUCUUUAGGUGUAAUGUCUUCGCUGCGAACAUCACAGUCGGCGGCUCUUCUGGUUGGGAUCUUACUUCAGAUCUUCAAGCUUGGACUGCAGAAACUCCAUUUCAUGUUGGCGACUCACUAGUGUUCUCCUACAGUGGGGCCCACGAUGUGAUAGAAGUGCAGGAACAGGAUUACGAAUCGUGUAACGUCUCACACCCAAUCAAAACCUACAACGACGGUGAGACGGUGGUCCCACUGAACCAGCAAGGAACCAGGUACUUCGUCUGCGGUCGCCAAGGUCACUGCCUCAUGGGCCAAAAACUCCAAGUCAAUGUACUUCCCUCCCCUACCACCAGCGAAGGCGGCGCCGAUAACCCUGAUCGUCGCGGUGGCGGACGGCAACAUGCUAGACCACCUCCUCCUCCUCCUCCUCAUAAUAAUAAUAAUAAUUCAUCAAAUAAUAAUAAUAAUAAUAAUCCUCAUGAUCAGCACGAGUUGCCUUCGUUGGAUCCUCAGGUUUGUGUUUGUAGCGGUGGUAAUCCGGAGAAGGUGGUGGCUGUGGCUGACUCUGCGUUCGGUUGGUUGAUGCCGUUGGUUACUGCGUUGAUGAUUAAUCUUGUUGGUGGUUUGGAUUAUCUCGUUGGUGUUUUCCAUCUCGUCAUGAUCUGAUGAGUAGUGACGAUGAUGAUGAUGAUGACUUUAAUAAUGAUAAUAAUAAUAAUCUGUUUUGGUGUGAUUGCUGAUCCCCCCACUACGAACUAUUUUAGGUACUAAUUUUCGUUGGUUUAAUGUGUCAUUUUGGCUUCUGAAAAAACUGUAAUUGUAGUGGGAGCUAUACUCAAAAUUAGCUAGAAUUACUACUUUUGUCUAUUAUACAAAUUCAUUGAGUCUCA